AUGGUGGACGAGAAAGUCCCCCAUCACCAACAAGCAUGGCCGACCGCCAACGGUGACGCCCUCGCCCUCGCCCUCGACGAAGACCAAAAGAGCGAUCUCUCUGCAUCGAAGGCCCAGUUGAGAUGGACCAAGAGGCUCAUCGACAGGCUCACAUGGAUGCCGCCCUGGUGUCGCUACGAUGUGAAAAACCCUCCGACCUUCUCCAUCUGGCACAAUGUCCUGUUCGCUUUCGCCGGCGCCUUCACCGUAGGCAACCUCUACUACAACCAUCCCAUCCUGAAUAUUCUCGCCCGUGAAUUCGACGUGCCGUACGAGACGGUGUCGCGGAUCCCGACUUUGAUGCAAGCCGGCUAUGCCACAGGACUGCUGUUCGUGUGUCCGCUGGGCGACCUUCUGAAACGGCGCCCGUUGACAUUGGCGCUGAUCCUUUUCACUGCAACCAUGUGGAUCGGUCUCUGCUUGACCCGGUCGUUCACAGCCUUUUGCGCCAUUUCGUACAUAUGCGCCAUCACCACCGUGAUCCCGCAAGUGAUGCUCCCGCUGGUGGCAGAGCUGGCGCCUCCCCACCAACGGGCCAUGGCACUGAGCAUUGUCACAUCCGGCAACCUGCUGGGUAUUGUGGUCGCGCGGAUCCUUUCCGGGGUGGUGACACAGUUCACGUCGUGGCGGAACAUCUACUGGAUCGCGCUGGGGCUACAAUACCUAGUCCUUUGCUCCUUGUGGCUGUUCAUGCCGGACUACCCGUCGACGAACCCGGCGGGGCUGAACUAUUUCAAGAUGAUCGGUGGGAUCGUGCUGCUAUACCGGAAAUAUGCGGUACUGGUGCAGGCGGGCCUGGUCAGCUACUGCGUUUCCGCCGGCUUCACCAGUUACUGGACCACGCUGACGUUUCUGCUGGCCGACCCGCCGUACAACUACAGCCCGGUGGUGAUCGGGCUGUUUGCGCUUAUCGGCGUCGCGGCCAUCAUGCUCGGCCCCUUGUACGCCAAGUACCUGAUCCAGCCGUUCACGCCGCUGUUCAGCUGUUUGGUCGGUCUGCUGGCCUGCCUGGUCGGCGUCGUCGUCGGCACCUACUCCGGCAAGCACACGGUCGCCGGCCCCAUCAUCCAGGCCUUCACGCUAGAUAUGGGUCUGCAAAUCACCCAGGUUGCCAACCGCGGCGCCAUCGCCACCAUCGAGCCCAACGGCCGGAACAGGGUCAACACCGCCUUCAUGCUCAUGACCUUCACCGGCCAGUUGACCGGCACCAGCGCCGGCGCCAAGCUGUACGCCCGUGGCGGCUGGGUGGCCAGCGGAAGUCUCAGCGUCGCCUUUGUGGCCUUAUCCAUAUUCGUCUGUUUCGCCCGCGGACCCUAUGAGCACCGAUGGAUCGGCUGGGCUGGCGGUUGGAACGUGCGGAAGCAGAACCUCAGCGGAAUCACGAACGCGCCGGUUGCGAUUGCGGUUGCGGUUGAGGCCGCGGAGCGAAACGGUGACGAAGAAGAGCAACAACAAUCUCGGCCUGCUGCUGAGGCAGCAGCUAUUCCAGAGCCAAAGCGUCCCGAACACAGUCAGGGCCAGCGCGUAGUAGUGGCAGGCACACAGAAUGAUGAGGAGAAAUCAACCUAG